CUUCGCUUUCACUCGACCAUCUUUGCACAAAUCAUGGCACGACGGCGAACAAAGAAGCGAACGCAUAUCGGCGCCAAAAAUGGCAAGCAUGCCAAUACAGUGAAAUCGAUUGAGCGCUCACCGAAGAGCAUGGUCAUCCGGAUUGGUGCGAGCGAGGUGGGACCGAGCAUAAGUCAGCUGGUAAAGGAUAUGAGACUAGUUAUGGAGCCAGGUACGGCGAGCAGGCUGAGAGAGCGCAAAAGUAACAAAUUGCGGGAUUAUACGACAAUGUGUGGCCCCCUUGGUGUCACACAUCUGCUUUUGUUCUCCAGAAGCGAGUCUGGGAAUACCAACCUCAGGAUAGCCAUCACCCCUCGUGGGCCUACAUUGCACUUCAGAGUAGAAAAUUACUCCUUGUGUAAGGAUGUCGCUCGUUCGCAGAGAAGACCGAAAAACUCGAAAGAUCUUUAUUUGACGGCACCUCUGCUUGUGAUGAACAAUUUUUCAACAUCAAGCCAGAAUCAGCCUGCGGAUGGGCCCGAAGUUCCAAAGCAUCUCGAAUCCCUUGUUACCACAAUCUUCCAGUCUAUAUUCCCGCCGCUGAACCCUCAGACGACCCCGCUAUCCUCAAUCAAACGAGUGCUCCUUCUUAAUCGCGAGCCUCCUUCUGAUCCCGAAAACAGCGCUUACACUAUCUCAUUGCGACACUACGCUAUCACGUCUCGAAAGUGCGGCCUCAACAAACCGAUUAAGCGUAUAUAUCAGGCAGAGAAGGGCGACAAGAGCGAACGACGGGGCAGAGGUGUGCCGAACCUUGGUAGGCUCGGCGAUGUAAGCGAGUAUUUGCUAGGCGGCGAGAAUGGCACCAAUGACGGAAGUUACACGAGUGCGAGUGAGACCGAGACAGACACAGAUGGAGAAGUCGAAGUCAUGGCGCCACGAACGAAGAAAAUCUUAGGUCGCAAGGAGCGAGAGAAGCUUCGAACGGCAGCAGGAGAAAAUGGCGGCUCGAAUUUAGGGUCAGAAUCUAUCAGAGGGGCUGAGAAGCGCGCUAUCAAACUCACAGAGCUAGGUCCGCGGAUGCGACUAAGGCUUAUCAAGGUCGAGGAGGGAUUAUGUGGAGGCAAAAUCAUGUGGCACGACCACAUCUCGAAAACAAAAGCGGAGGAACGAGAAUUGGAUCAGAAGUGGGAACAAAGGCGAAAAGAGAAAGAAGAACGAAAGAGAAUUCAAAGGGAAAAUGUGGAGAGAAAGAGAGCGAAUAAACAGAAGAAAAAGGAGGCAGAUGGUGAGGAUAGUGACGAGGAAAUGGAGUAUGAUAUUGACGAUGAUGAGUACUGGCAAGACGCAGGUGACGGAGAUGAGAGUGGGGAUGAGGUCGAUGAUGAAGAGGAUGAGGACAUGGAGGAAGGUUAAAUUUAAGAUGAUGACCUCUUCCAAGUCGACAACAUGUAAAGUCGACAAAGAUGCGUCUUGUUUAUGACCUGUUUCUCCAUGAUCAUUCUUCAGCCGUGACAUAUUCAAAAUCGGUCUCCCAUCCAACUCCCUCAGACUCUGACUUGGCUGGAUCUACCAAGAAGAAGCACGACUUUUUGACCCAUUCUGUGCACUCUUCAUUGCGCUGUGGGGCAUGUCUGGGGGCAACUUAUUAGGAGACUGUUUUCAGUUAUGAGAUUAUUCAACGCUUCAAUACCUCACAAGAGGAAAUUUG